GAGAGAGAGUAGUUUUUCCGUCGUGUUGAUUUUCUCCACCUUUGUGCCAUUUUGCGGCUUUGCGCGUAAAAGGAAGCCGGUUUCGAGGGACUCGAGUCGGACUCACUGCUCCGCAGACGGACUUAAUGAUUGAAAUGACUUAACACAAAGUUUGUGGAGGGAAGAGCCCGAACAUCAACCCGGAUCAAUGAAGUUAUAGGACAGCAGGUAGGAAGUAGAGUGGAGAACUUCAGCAUACAUCACCUGCAGUAUCCCUCUUGAAGCUAUGCAGGCAGCCUGCGUCUGGAUUGCCAGAGCUUCUGUCCUCUGGCUGUUACUGUCCGACCUCCUGGACUCCCAACACUCAACACAACAGAUGAAGGUUCCUGAGAGGGCAGAGCCCCCACGGGAGUUUAGGGCAGAGCAGGGAGGUGUUCAGGGCUCCUGGGGUACCUGGGGGCCCUGGACGACCUGCUCUCGGACCUGUGGAAGAGGGGUGCAGGAGCAGAGCAGGCCCUGUCUGCCUGUUUACACGCCGUCCCAGUACCCCUCCAGGAGAGGCGGUGUUCCCCCCCGGCAACCAGGCCACGUCAUUUCAGCCCUGCGGCCAACAGUUCCUCUGCACCGCGACCCGGCCCGGUCCUCCAACAGCAGCAGUCAUGGCGAUCUGAGGGAGACUCGGCCCGAAGGACGCAGGAGAGUCACUCAAAUCAACCCGGGGAGGUAUGGCUACGGGAGAGCUCCUUAUGUUGCUCCAUCACAGGGCCGGGGCCCUGGUAGGCCUCGCCCCGGCAGACAGAGACGCUCUGCGCCGGCUGACGCCCAGCGCCACGCCGCCAGGGGCCACGUCGGCCACAGGUCAAACCACCUGGAGCCCGCCAACCCCGUCCAUCCCCGCAGCAGACCAAGGGCACAGCUGCCCAAGCAUAACCAAGUGUGGGCUCCCCUCUACCAGCCUGGUCCGGCCAACCAGGCUCAGGUCCCCCAGGAGCCACAGUCGAGCAGGCAGACGUCUGGGCCCCAGCAGCACCACGAGAGACCCUACGACCCGCUGCCUAGUUCCUUCUGCACGGGGGAGCAUGCUCACUACAGGAUCUGCAACAGUAAUGCCUGUCCUCCAUCCAGCAGACACAUCAGGGCUGUUCAGUGUUCUUCAUACGACAAGCGACCUUUCAUGGGCCGAUUGUACCAGUGGGAACCUUUCAAUGAGGUUCCUUUGGAUCAGCACUGUGGACUCAACUGCCGGGCCAUUGGGUUCAGGUUCUACGUGCUGCAGUCAGAGAGGGUGAUGGACGGGACGCCAUGUGGGCAGAAUGAUACUUCUCUAUGCGUGCUGGGGACGUGUUUGAGUCCGGGCUGCGACGACUAUCUGGGGUCGGGAAAGGUGAUGGACGAGUGCGGCGUGUGCGGGGGCUACAACACCACCUGUAGGCUCAUCUCUGGAGUGUUCAAGCACAGCUUGACCAAGGUUGGCUACCACAAGAUCGUGGAGAUCCCGCAGGGAGCCACCAAGAUCAACGUCACGGAAAUGGUGAAGAGCAGGAACUACCUAGCUCUCCGAAGCCGAUCGGGUCGAUCCAUCAUUAAUGGAAACUGGGCCAUUGACAGACCAGGGAAGUACGAGGGAGGCGGGACCAUGUUCACCUACCGCCGGCCCAAUGAAAUCAGAAGCACUGCUGGGGAGUCCUUCCUCGGUGAAGGGCCUACCAAUGAGAUCCUGGACGUUUAUAUGAUCUUCCAGCAGCCGAACCCUGGUGUUCACUACGAGUACAUUCUCCCGUCUGAGCAGCCAGUCGACCCUCAGCAGCCAAACCACGGACCACAAGGGAACGCUGUGAAUGGACAGGCUGGUUCCGACCAUCACAGCGGCACUCAUCAAGAACACUUGGAUCCGGCAGGUGGCGGGCAGGAACCUCCUCGUCUCCCUGACAACCAGGUUUCCGCGGCGCAGCCCCCCAGACGGGAGAGGGAGUACAGCUGGAGACUGGGCGGCAGCACAGAGUGUAGCGCCUCCUGUGGUAAAGGAUUCCGACACUCCAUCUUCCACUGUGUCUCCCGGCCGGACCAGGGACAGGUGUCAGAUGCUUUGUGUGACAGAAGCAGCAGGCCGACUCCCCAGGAAGAGGCCUGCAACCUGGAACCCUGCCCAGCCUUCUGGGAUAUUGGAGAGUGGUCAGAAUGCAGUAAGACCUGCGGCCUGGGCACGCAGCACCGACAGGUCCUGUGUCGGCAGAUUUACGCUAACCGCACGCUCAACGUCCACGCGAGCCACUGUCGACACCUGGAGCGACCCGAAAUCAGCAGCACCUGCCAGAUGAAGAUCUGCAGCGAGUGGCAGACACGCUCCGAGUGGACCGCGUGUUCAGUGCCGUGUGGGCUGGGUCAGAGGUCACGAGAGGUCCGCUGUGUCAGCAACCUGGGCGACUUUGUUCCUGACGACGAGUGCAACAUGAAUUUGCGGCCCGUCGAUGUGGAGAACUGUGACAUGGGAACCUGUGCCAAGAGCUGGUUCUACACCGAGUGGAGCAGCAGGUGCUCGGCUGACUGUGGGAUGGGGGCCCGGACGCGAGGAGUCCUCUGCCUGACCCACCAGGUCAGCGGCCUCCCUCUGGAGGGGUGCGGCGGCGAGCGCCCCCCCGACGCUCAGGUCUGCAACAACGGCCUCUGUGAGAAUCGCAUGGAGUGGUUCACGGGCCCCUGGAGCCAGUGCUCCGCAGAGUGCGGCGCGGGCAGCCAGCAGAGGUCAUUGGUGUGUCUGAUGCAGUCGGAUGAAGGAUUCGCCGUCAUGCCGCCGUACGAGUGCUCCUCCCUGGAUCGGCCCCUCGGCCAGCAGAGCUGCAGCCUGAAGGCCUGCGGAGCAAAGUGGUUCCACACCGACUGGAGCGCUUGCUCCAAGACAUGCGAGCGGGGCUUCCGUGUGCGGGAGGUGCGCUGCCUGUCCCAAGACGCGCUGCCCAGCGAGGGCUGCGACGAGCGGCUGAGGCCGGCGGGGAGGGAGGACUGCAACCCGGAGCCCUGCCUACCCAGCGUUGACGAGAACUGCCGAGACAAAUACUUCAACUGCAACGUGGUGGUCCAGGCCCGCCUGUGCGUGUACGACUACUACCAGACGGCGUGCUGCUCGUCGUGCUCUCGGGGGGCUCACAGACAUCAUCAUGGGCGCAGAUAGCACCCGCCGGCUCGGCGUCGGGCCGGACUCGACCCCGCGGGUCGGCCUGGGGAGAGGACCAGCUGGGCCGUGGCCCGAAUGGGUGGAAGAGAGGAAGGAACGUUGGCGUUGGUUGGUUGGUAGGCAGCUGUUGGGAGAACGGCUCCACUGGGCAGAUAUUCAGACCCUUUCAGGGGGGGUGAGGGAGAUCGGCAGCCAACCGAGGAGUCUGACAGAAAUGAAGCUAUGGAUUUUAACCACAGACUUUAAAUAGAAUCCAUCUGAUGAACGUUUCAUUCAUGCAGCUGUGACGGCUGCUGUGCACCACGUGAUAUAAAGAGGUCAGGUGGACUAUAUAUAGAAAGCAUAUGUUCUAAUACGGUUCUUUGCACUUAAGGUUAUACGUGACCUCAUCGAACUGAAGACACUGACUAAUUAACACUUUUUCUUAAGGAUCAAACACAAAAGCCCUCCAUGGUGUAGGUGCUUGUUCUUCUUCAUGCAGCAUGGAUACACAAGGAUUAGUGUUCUUUGUGGCACAGAUGAGUUUUUUCUAAAGUUUAAACCAUUUGUUUUCAUCCCUGCAGUCAGUAGUCGUGUAGCUGUUGUAAUAUGGAUGUUUAUAUGUACGUAUGACAGAAUGAAUGGUACAAAUAUAUUUUUUAAUGGGUUCUCAGACAACUGAAGAGAAAAAGCCCCCUUUAUUUAUUUCAGUGCCCCCCCCAGUGAGGUUGCUGGUUCAUGGGCCACCGGGGGCCUGUGGGGGAUAAAAGCUGCUUCUCCACCAAUCAGAGCCUCUGAGCUGGAUGUAGACGUCCCACUGCCUGCUGGAUGGUAGGAGCAGAUGGACCCCAAGAGGAAGACAAAAUGUGUGUAUGAAAUAUAUAAUAACUAUUGAUCUAGUAUGAUGUUAACACUAAUAGUAAAUCAAUUAUUUAUAAACCAUACUGCCCUUUUUUCAGCUUCGUACACAACCUGCACACAGUACCUCUCGAGUGUUGGACUGUUUUUCAUAUGUUAUCUUUUGCCCCAUGCACUAUAAACUCACCUCUGACUCAUGUGUAAAUGAAUCAAUGUUUCAGUUGGAGGUGACUCACGGUUAUUCGGUCCCUUGGGUUUGUUGGGCCAGCAUGGGACCAUGAUUCAUUAUUUUCCCCACAUCAAUAAAGAAGUGUUUAAAUGAAUUACCAGAAUUAUUCAGUAUUCCACAUGUGUGCCACCAAUAAACCGCUGUAUUGGCCUUAUUUUACCUUCUGAGGGUUCAACCAUUGGUUCCAAUGAGGAACAUUCUUGAGAUGUUUUUUUACAAACUUGCAGCCUAUUUGUCCCGUUAGAUUUGUGAGAUGAUUGAGGUAAAUGUCUCAGACAGAGAUGUUUCUGAUUGAAGUCAUCCAUCUAGAGGACGAAGGCGACAUUACAAUUAGAUCUACAGAAGUAGUUGCACCUCAUAUUUCAUUUUCAAGUCACAAAAUGAUGACACAGAUCCGCUUCGCAGUCAUUUUAUGAAUGGUAUCCA